GGGGAUGGCAGCGGCUGCUCGCGAGCCGCUCAAGUCGAGCGGCGCUGGUGGGGGGGAGGGGGGAAGCUGGUGGGGGCGGCGGCCGGAGGCGCUGCGGGGCUCUGAAGAGAGGCGGCCGUCUCGUCGCUCCCGCUCGGCUUCCUCCCGCCGGCACCAUGAACCGGGGCAGCAGCGCCGCGUCUUGCCCUCCGUCACUCCCCGCCGACGGCCAGGACAGCCUCGGGCACAGCGAGCGCCGCCGGGUCUGCAGCAACUGUCGGAAAGUCCUGAGGCAGGAAAAGAAAAUCAGAGUCUCUCUGCCUUUAACAAGAGGACCAAGUGCCUUUAUACCAGAGAAAGAAGUUAUGCAAGCAAACAGUUUGAAUGAACGAAUGCACCUGCUUGUGGAAGAAUAUUCUAUAUCUGGUCGCCUCGACAACAUCACCCAGGUCAUGAGUUUACACACCCAGUACCUGGAGUCCUUUCUCCGCAGUCAGUUUUACAUGUUGCGUAUGGAUGGGCCUCUUCCUUUGCCCUACCGACACUACAUUGCAAUCAUGGCUGCUGCCCGGCAUCAGUGUUUCUACCUAAUAAACAUGCAUGUGGAUGAGUUUUUGAAGACCGGAGGGAUACCUGAGUGGCUGAAUGGCUUGGAAUACGUUCCCCAAAGACUGAAGAAUCUGAAUGAAAUCAACAAGCUUCUUGCACAUCGACCCUGGCUAGUUACAAAAGAGCACAUCCAGAAACUUGUCAAGACGGGGGAAAAUAAUUGGUCUCUUCCUGAACUGGUGCACGCUGUGGUCCUCUUGGCACACUAUCACGCCUUGGCAAGUUUUGUCUUUGGUAGCGGCAUCAAUCCAGAGCGGGAUCUCAAUACUUCGAACGGGUACAGGCUCGUAUCAGUUAACAGCUUCUGUGUCUGUGAUCUUGCCAAUGACAACAACAUCGAAAAUGCGUCCCUCACCAGCAACAACUUUGGGAUCUCGGAUUCUUUAAGUGAACUGGAGGCUCUGAUGAAUAGGAUGAGAAGGCUGCAGGAGGAGAAGGAGGACGAGGAGGCCUCCCAGGAGGAAAUGGACACUCGCUUUGAAAAGGAGAAGACAGAGAGCCUCCUAGUCUUCAGUGAAGCAUUUGAUGAUGAAAUACUUUCCAUAGCCGACGUUUCCCGCUACAUUGAAGAUCCUAAUUUUGGGUACAAAGACUUUGCCAGGCGGGGAGAAGAACAUCUACCAACAUUCCGGGCCCAGGACUAUACCUGGGAAAAUCAUGGCUUUUCCCUUGUGAACAGACUUUAUUCUGACAUUGGGCAUCUCUUGGAUGAGAAGUUUCGCAUGGUCUACAACCUCACCUACAACACUAUGGCUACACAUGAAGAUGUUGACACAACCAUGCUGAGAAGAGCUUUAUUUAAUUAUGUUCACUGUAUGUUUGGAAUCAGGUAUGAUGACUAUGAUUAUGGAGAAGUUAAUCAGUUACUGGAACGGAACUUGAAGGUUUACAUUAAGACGGUGACCUGCUACCCAGAAAGAGCUACCAAGCGCAUGUAUGACAGUUACUGGCGCCAGUUCAAGCACUCAGAGAAGGUCCACGUCAACCUGCUUCUCAUGGAGGCUCGCAUGCAAGCCGAGCUCCUCUAUGCUCUCCGUGCCAUAACACGUCACUUGACCUGAAGCAUCGUUGCAAGCGUGUGAAUAAAGCUUCCAAACAGAUGCGUAGCGAAAGCUACUUGUGGUGUAGCAUCGGGUUAUUUGAUUCUCUAGUGUCAAAGCUGAAGCUGCGUUUCCAGCAGCUGUAAACGUGCAAUGAUAUUCUAUAUCUUUCUUUUUUUUCCCCCCUUGAUGCUUAACAUUACUAAUGGUAGCAAAGAUAAUAGUGAGGAACACCAGUUCUUAAGUUGUUUCCAGCUGGAGUAUUGCUCACAAACCCUAUACUUUAAAAAAAAUGUUUAAUUCAUGCAGUGUCCUCUCUUGCCUUGGAUUCUCUUUGGCAGUUUAUCUUUCUCCCUCAUCCCCGACUAUCUUCAUUUCAUGUGAAUUGAAUCCAGCAAAGAAUUGCCGCACUCUUCCCCUCCCCCAUGAUAUUCUUUUCAGCCUGUUUUAAUGCAGUUUUCCUGAUCUGGUAUGGACUUUAUUUUCAACUGGUUUAUUCUUCAAGUUUCCUAUGACACUUUGUAUUGCUGCCGUUCGGAGGUUGUGUGCAAGCGGACACCACUGCCCUCUGCAGCUUUUGUAAUGUGAAAGGGUCUGCUGCAAAUUCAUAAGGUGCCGCUGGCACCCAGCAUUCAAAUACUUGCUUGUCUGAAUGUACGAGAGGUUUUUUAACCGCAUCCAUUUCAACUGAACACGCUGGUUCAGCAGUGGCCUUCUCUCUUGCCUGAAUUUUGUUUUCCUGGACGACCUUUGAAGGGAACUUGCUUCCCCAUCUGCAAACCAGCUUAGCCUGGAUAUAUUUUCCUUUUUUGUUGAAAACCUUUAAAAAAACUUCCCCGAAAAUGUAGAUCAAACUUCACUGGCUUUGGAGAUUAGAAUUAUAGAAACGUAUUGCUCAAAGGGGCCUGCAAGGUCAUAAAGUCCAACCCGCUGCCCAAAACAGGUGGUUGUGUGGCAUUUGCAAAUUCAACACUUGUCAACUGAUCAAACAAAAAAUGAACCAGACAUGAUCAUAGAUUAAAGAGUUCCAGUACUGUUGGAUCAUUGUUCCAUGUAGUCCACUGGGAUCCAUUCUAACUUUGAGAGGGUAUCUCCAGAGGCUUUCCUCUCUCCCUGCUGCCUGAGAUCCUUGAAAAUGGAGGUGGCAGAGACUGAACCCAGCACCUUGUGCAUGUGAAACAUAAACAAUGAGGUCAAUUGAACAUACAAGACCUUAUACUAAUCUGGACCAUCAAUCUCUGUUGCCCAGGGCUGUCUGCUGUGGUUUGGCUGUAUGGCUCCAAGGUCUUGAACAAGUAUUUUUUGGAACCCUGCGUGUUGAGAACUUCUGAACUGCAGGUGACAAAUGUUUGAAACUGGAACCUUUUUUCCGUACGAAGCACGCGCUUUUUCGCUGAAUCGUGGCCACUUCUUUCUCGAUCACUGGUUUCUUUGUGUGAUUGUUUUUAGUUUAAUUCAAGGAUAAAUUUCAUCGGCAUUUAAGCUUUUAGCUGUUUUCUUCCCUGCAAUUUUCUCCUGCUUCUGAACGUUUGUUAAUGAUCUAAAAGCCGUGAAUCAUGCGUCUCUGAUGUGAGUGAGCAAAGGAAGUGAAAUAAGGAACAGCAGGCUGGCUUUUCCCUUCCUGAGUAACUGUGGAAGGGUCCCGUUUGAAACAGCAGCGAAGAAAUGGCUUUCUAUUCCUAAAUGUUGUUACUGCCUGUGACUUGUCUGCCAUUUUUAAAUCUUGCUUUGAACACUUCUGACGUGGCUAGUCUGUCUUAAGUAUCCGCUCAGAUAAUGUCUUGUAUGCGCAUGCUCAAUUUCCUCCAGUAGAGGAGUUCCAUGCAAGCUCCAUAAAAAUUGAACUCGAUGUGCAACUGCAGGGGAAGAUAGAUUGUUCCUGUUGACUACUGAUAUUUUGGAUUUGGGCAGGGGGCUGGAAAAUGAGCUGCCGACAGGGCACAUUUUUAAACUGCUUUGUGUUGCUUGAUUACGCUGCGCCCCCCCCUUACCCCGAGCACAAAAUGCCAGAGUUUUCAUAGCUUUAUGUUGCGUAAAAUGAUUCAGCAAAGUGCCUGAAGAGAUGCUGAAAAACUGCUAGGACUUGGUAACUGCUAUUAUGUGAGAGGUUCGCUCCAAGACUUGGUAGUGGCAGCUGCAUUCCUUUGGGGUCAGAAUGACUUCAGCCCAGCAAACCUUGCGUAUAGUUAUAACUCUGAAAUCCAGAAGAAGAGCCCUGCUGGGUUGGACCAAAUGUCCCUCCAGUCCUGCAUUACACUGCCAAUAACGGCGUGUCCAAAGCCCACAAGCAGGGCAUGAGGAAAUAGCCAGCUGGGGACAUUUUAGCCUUCUUUUCUGAAGGGCUUUUGUUACUCGCUCUAAACAUAAACCCAAACCUAAAUAAUGCAGUUUUCAAUCAAACGUAGUUGUAAAUAACUUCUGUUGGAUUGUGCCAAAUGAAUGGUUUGGGGUUCCCGCCCUCCCCCCCGAGAUUGACAUCAGUUUGAUUUUGUGUGUGUGAGUAAAGUGCUGUCAAGUCACAGCCAACUUAUGGCGACCAACCCCCUUCGGGGUUUUCAAGGCGAGAGAUCAACAGUGAGCCUUUGCCUGCCUCUGCACAAUGACUCUGAACUUUUUGGGUGGUCUCCCAUCCAAUUACUAACCAGGGGCCGACCCUGCUUAGCUUCCAAGACCUGUUGAGAUCAGGCUAGCCUUGAUCAUCCAGGUCAGUGCUUUGAUACAUGUCUGAAAUUAAUAGAACGGGGUUCCCCCCCACCCUUGUUCCAAUGAGCUACAGAAGGCAAAUUUUUUUACCAUAAUGGUUGUGUUUUAUGAGAAAGUCCUUCCGAAUUAAAACUAUGGCCAAGGGUUUGGGGAGAUGAAUUUGGAUUUCUUUUUACUACUCUCUUCUUUUGUCUAAUAAUUGCGACAGUGUGAUGGUUGUUUUUAAGUGUUGAAAUCAUUGUUCAGUGUUUCCUGCUGCAAUUGAAAUUGUAAAAAUUUUUGCAUGGAAACUUCUAAAGAUAUGUCUGUGCUGUUGGCUUAUACCAGUUGGACAGCCGCGGCCACCUCCUAAAGAAUUCUAGGAACUGUAACUUGAAGAGCCCUGAGAGUUUUCUCUGUUUAAGAGACCCCUAGCCUCACGAAUCUCCAAUUCCCAGGGAAAGAGCAACUUUAAGCCUUCAGUGAAGCUAUAUCAGUAAAUAAAUAAAUAAAUAAAUAUCAGUAGAAGAAACCAUGUGAAUGAAUUAUCAGUAUGUCCUUGCAGAACAUAAAUGGUUGCUAACUUAAUGGGGGUGGAAUUUGUAGAAGCUUUGCGCACAAUCCAGCCAAAGCUGACUGCUUUGAAGAAUGGUUUGGGAUGUAGCAGUUCCAUUUACCCUGCUGCACAUGCAUUUGCCCUUCCUCCUCUUCCUCCUCCUCCUUUUCGUCCUCCACAUUUGGGAGACAGUGUGCAGCUGCUGUCCACACAAGUAAUUUGUGCAAGUUCUAGUUAGAAAAGAGCAAUACUGUUUGGCUGUCUGUGUUAGGAUCCUCCUGCCUUCUGCCACUUGAUAAGUCACAUUGGUUGCAGUGGAACCCUUGCGUGGAAAUCCUGGGACUUUGACUGGAUUGUGGCUUUACAGAGGAGUUGGGAUUUGGGGAGGAAGACAAGACAUCCAGAUCAAGAAAUCCAGGACCCCAUUACAUCUCUGCAAAGUGGCAGAAGGAGAUGAAGGAGAGAAGGUCAUUGUUGGGCAAAGACGAGUGUUUGAUCCUUCUCCUUGAACCCCUUUUCCCAGCCAGCUUCUAGAUGUGUGUUUGAACACUGGGUAGAGAAGCGGCCAGGUCAUGUUGGGUCUUGGGCAGGGGUGCAGCAAGCAGGAGAGGCCUUAAGCACCUAAACGCCUCCCUUCAUCUAUUUAUCUAGCUGGCUGCAGUCAGUCAACUGUGAACUGCUUUAACUUUGCUUUGAAAAGGUUUUCUUUCUAAGAGAAGUUGGUGUUCCAACGGUGGAAACAUUAGUGCCUUUGGUUGUCCUUGUAUUCCUUAUUUGAACUGAGUUAUCAUCUGGUGAGGAACAAUUAGACUUUAAAUCUCAAAGACCGUAGUAUAUUUAUUUCUUUGUGACAUAUAUAUAUAUCUGUAAAAAGAAUCCAUGAACAGAAACUUGAUUUCAAAUGGUGCCAGAUCCACGCGUGGCAUUCUAGGUUGGGACCUGCCAUUAGAGAACCAGCUCACGUUGUCCUUAGAAAUACAGCGGCAAACUUGAACGUUCCAAAGCCGUUUGUGUGUGUGUGUGAGGAGGCAUGUGAUUCAGAGUAUAGCAUCUACACUGUCUUGAUCUAGCAUAUAGCUUUAUGUACGCAGAAUGUGAUUUUUUUAUUAGAAAAUGUUGACAUUCAGAGUAGGCAUCUAAGCAAAUGUGAUUGUACCUUAUGCUCAAUGUACCCCUUUCAGCUCUUAAGUGUGCCAAGUUUUAAAUGUGCAGAAAUGUGUUUUUUGGAAACAGAAUAGCACGUGUGAAUGUGAAGCAUCAACGUUUAUUGCCUACGGGCCAUUGGAGACAUGUCGCUCUUCUGUAAGCAUGAGUAUUUUCUUCGCUUUCCUUGUGCGGUUUUAGAGGAUGGGUCGGCAGCAAGCGACCUGCAGGGCUCAGUCUCAUCUCAGUGGUCAGUUGCCAUCCAAGGGAAAAGAGAAACUUGUUGGCUAGUGACAUCUGUGGGUCCAGGACUUUGACUUGUAGAUACACUGAGGGCCCUUCAGAGGCGUGCAGUGGGAUAUCGAUACAGGAAAGGAAGGACUAGGGGGGAAGCACAGAGAGAACCUCUGCCAGAGCAGCCAAUCACAGCUGUCCUUCGUUGCUGUUGGUGUUUAGAAUGAAGUUGCUCUCUGGUCUGCAGUGACGUUUGUGGAUCCAGCCUUCUGGAGCUCUUUAAAGUAGCUGGCCAGUCCAUCCUGAAAGCCCAAAUCCUGCAACUGGAAUAAAGCAUGACCUGCUGUGGAAGUCUUGUGUUCUUCCAGCUUUGUAGUUCAAAUAGUUCUUCGUUAGGUGGAGCCUUACCCUUUGCUGGAGCUGCUGUGUUGCACCUUGAAAGAAAACAUUUUCUGGUCUAACAGUAACCGUGCAGGUCUCCAUACCGCCUUCCCAUCCAUCCAGGGAAGUUUAAUUUGUAGUUACUGCAGGAAAUAUUGAUGUCUUGAGUGGUUAAGUCUUGAGUGGUUAAGACAUCCCAUCCAGACUCUUCCAGCCUUGGACGUCUGGAGGCAUAAAAGAGCAGGAUUUCAAGUGUUAAGGAAGGAGCCAAAUCUGACAGAUUUGUUGGUCCACUGUCACUGGAAACUGUUCUUAAGUUUCUUUUACAACCAGUGUGGUUUGGGCAGGUUAAGUGACACUUUGUGCUUCCGGGUCAUUCUGAACUUUUUUUUCCAAACAGGCCGUAGAACUUUCAAUAUUUUUAAUCCACUCCCCCCCCCCCCAAAAAAACCUUCUUUAAAAGAAAGUACUGCUUUCUAAAAAGAGGUCUCUGAAGGAGCUUGAUGCAGGUACAAAGCAGGAAAGGGAACUGUGGGUUUGAAAGAGCAGUCGCAGGACUGAUGGCGCAGGGGAGAUCUCUCUCUCUUUUUUUACACGCCCCUCUUCUUCUUAGCCAUUCCCAGAGUGGCGGGCAAAUUUGGACGAAAGCCUCUUUGCUGGCUGAAUGCCACCCGCUCUCCCCUUCACCAAACAGAUUACAGCAAAAUGGUUAUGUUCUCUUCACUUUCCUUCUCAAAGGGUCUGGUAUAUUUACACCUGUGCUUUUGUGUUACAUGGCGGAGCACAUAAGACAGAUACAUUUUGUGCUGUGAGGGUUCACGUGAAGGCAGGCUUGCCAGGUGGGGAUCUUAGUAGAUCUUCCAUCUCAGAAGAUCAGCGGGGGCUCUCCAUUUUCCACUGGACUUACAUCAAGAGAAGACAGCUGGAGAGGUGGAUGUACGGUGCCACCAACCACAAAUGUUUGCUACAAGGCACAAAAAAAAGGUCAAGGCAGGCAGUCCUUUUAGUUACAAGCCAAGCAGUCUCUGUUCCCUUCUAGCUGAAAUGUUAGGGGCUAUUCAGAGUUAUGGAUUACAGCCUUUUUUGUUGUCGUUUUAUCUAAACAAUGACCUGCUGUAUCAGUCAGUUACAAACAGGUAUAUUUUGUACAGAGGCCGGAGUUUAUUUACCUUAGAUUUGUGUGGGUAGUAGAAACCCCCAAUUUUACUAGUGUCUUAUUUCAUACUAUUGUCUCAAACCUCAGACCCCUUUUCCUGCGACUUCUAAGUAGACCAGUGGGAACGCGCUUCCAAUUAGAGGUAGUCACCAUUGUCACUCGUUCACUAAAGCUCUGGUUCUCAGAGCAUUUCUACACUACAAGCAUAUGUUGGUCUUAUGUUCUAGCUUAAGUGUUGUGGCUUCCCCCAAAGAAUCCUGGAUGUUGUAGCUUGUGAAGAGUGCUGAGGAUCGCUGUUGGGGAGAUCUGCAGUUCCGUUUUGGCUCUGACUCGGUGAUGGAGCAUCCGCUUGGUGUGCGGGAAUUCCCAGGUUCAGUCUCCAGCUGAAAAGAUCAGGUAGAGGUGAUGUGAAAGAGCUCGGCCUGAGGCCCCAGAGAGCGGCUGCCGGUCCAAGUAGACAACGCUGACCUUGACAGGCUAAGGAUCUGACUCAGCAACUGGCAGUGUCACGUGUCAUCCAUCAUACAGGAACGCCAAAAAUUUUAACUUCUAACCCAGGGAUCUGUGAGUUGUAGGUAGCUGUGUAGGAGACAUAUGUGGCCUUUUAAAUAUUUUGAAUGUGUCAGGCAGGUUGUCUGUUUCCUCCCGUGCUCCCCUUCGGUUGUCCGUUCCACGUGGUUUAUUGGAUUUUUAUCCUGCCUUUCCUCCGUAGAGCUCAGGACAGCGUAGAUGGUUUUCCUUUUCCUCCCAGUUUUAUCCUCACAGCCCUUUGAGGUAUGCUAGGCUGAGAGAGAGAGAUGGGAUGCUUUUGACUGGCCCCAAGGUUACCCAGCCAUCUUUGGAGAAGACUGGCGUUAUGCAUCUGGGUCUGCUUGGACCUAGGCCAGCACUCUACCCACUAUAACACACCGUCUCUCAUCAUGGUACGCAGCCAUUCCUAGGCUGCUCCACGUGAAGAUGGCAAGGAGGUGACCCAGAUGGUCACGAGCCCAAAAUCUGGCUGGGCACUUUUGUUUGGCCCUCUUCCUUCUCACCGGCUCUCCCUCUCACCAUUUAAGAAAAGGAGCCUGAAGGCUGCUCCUGUGUUAUUAUCCCAUGCUAUCUUGUGUACAUUAAAGAAAGGCAGCAGAGCUUUUUAAUUGGCUUGCUGAGCGGGAGCUUUCAGGAAGCCCAUUUAUUUUUCAGUGCCCCCCAUCCCCACAAGCACACGUGGGCUAUAUUUGAAAUAGCCCUGACUGUUAGGGGGAAAUGACAUCAUUGUAAAGCCUGACCACCCAAGAGGGGGUUCGGUGAUUGUAUCCCUCUGCCAGUUCCUGGGGAAUAGAAUAACGCUCAAGAAUACAGAAGGCUCUUGCUUUCGCAGCACAGUCCGUUCUGAAACCCAAAUGGCCUGUUGCGCAUAGGCCGAAGGGCCACGUGAAUUGAUCCCAAGGGUCGAAAGCAGUACAUGUAGCCUGCUGUCAACGUCUGUCUGGUCUCCUCAGUUACUCCAAAAUUCAUCAGUAUUGACGUCACUUCUAUUCUGUCGACUCCCCCCCCCCCUUUUCAAAUCUAGUGUACUUUUUAGAAGCUGUGAUAGGCCUUUGUGGUCCUGUACUUUGUUACUGUAACUUGAAAAAUAAAAAAAAAAGAUUUAUGAAGCUUCGGGCUGUGUCCCAAACAGAGGUGGGCUGUUAGAUCCUUCAAGAUCUCCCACUCUCUGUUGCACGUAUUACAUUGUGGCUGUAAGUAGAAUAAGCUUAUCAACGAUGCAGUUUAGGAUUCAUACCCCUUUAUAAUGUCAGGGGUCUGUAUGUUUGUGUGCGUGUAUCGAGUGGGGGGGGGGCGAGAGAAGUGAUGUGUUUAUAGGCUUCAAAAUGUUGAUUUUUGUUUUGUUUUUAGUAAAGUAACUGACUCAAUAAAUCCAUAGCCGCUUAGAACUAUCCCUACUAACGGGAUUCACCAUACAUGAGAAGAACGCCUUUUUUAGCACACCAGGGUUCAGAAGGGGGAAGGUUGACAUGGAAGCGUAAAUGUAGCUCUUGAACCCACAAGAAACAAAUACUACCACUUGGUCAGAUGGGUUUCGGGGAUGCAGAAGCAAGUGUGAAAGCAAAUGAAGUGUGGGUUCCCGCUGACUUGCAGGAAGACCACAAUCAUGGUGUAAGACUAAGUUGGCUAGUCUAGUCCAGUGGUCCAUAAGGGAGGUGGCCUCUUUCCUUGUUGGUGAACUGCGUUCUGUCCAGAGUCUGUAAGCGAGUGUCAGCAACUUGUGGCCAACCUAUCCUAUAUGUAUUCAUGCUCCCCUCCUUCCUAGAAUGAACUGCGAGGAAGCAGGCUGAAGCGAAAUCUCUUUUGUUUUGCCUGCCGGGUGCAUAUACGCUGAAUUCUCCAAUGAGAGGCUGCCUUCGUAGGGCAGGUUUUAUUCACAGCUUGCUUACUGCCUCUGUCUCUGUCUACUGUAUUCUUCGCUAUGAAAGCGGAAAGGUGGCAGAAAUGUACAUGCCCACGCAGAACUUGUCUAAUGUGAUAACUUGUUCUCUUUCGCAUUGGGACAAAUGCAGGCUGGAGCAACACGAGAACUGUUGUGGAGGAAGCUCAUUUUCCUGCACCCACAGGAGGGCGUUUCGCCACAGGAGUGUGCCUUAGGUGCUUGUGUGAAUCCUAGAGGUUCUAAUCUCCCCCGCCACACACACACACACACAUUUCACACUUUUGCUAGUGUCUGAAUUGGGCCAGGCUUUAGCUUUUCAUGGUGGCUGAGGCAAAAGAGAAGAUCUCCCACGCCACACUCAGAGACUCGUUUAAACUGGGCUAUCUGGCUGUACAAAGCAGGUGCCAUGUUUGAACAAGAUGGUGAGUGCAAAAUCCAGGAGGUGAGAUCUUCUGACUCAACCACCAUCCCAUUUUAGAAUCAGCCCUCGAGCCCUGGUGCAGACAGAACAGAGACUUGAACUAGCACAAGCAGUUCCCUCGCAUGGGCGGAUUUUGAGAUAAGCCAAUCUAGCUGGCUCCGUUUGUGUGAUUCUCUCCUCCUUCUCUAGUUACUCAACUUGAAUUGUAUCUGAGCAGACGCUGAAGGAACUUUUUAUUGAGCUGAGACGGGGUGGGGUGGGGACAAAUAUUUUUCAAUAAAGGAAUUUAUGUGUGCAUAUUAACCUGUUAACAGCAAUUCAUAAGAUCUGCACUUUUUAUGAGGUUUUGGAAAAAAAAUCUAUUUAUAGGUACGGAACAAUGGGGUUUGUUAAAACUGUAUAGCAUUUAUACUUGCUGAAAUUUCUUUCAUUGUUAUCAGUAGGAAUGUUAUUGGUUCAAUAAAACUGGCAAAAAACCCCA